AUGCACAAUUUCACGCAUCCCUUAGUCGGAGCUGGAGCCUCAAAGGAAAAAGUCCUUGAAAGUCUUGGCGACUCUGAGAAACUGGCGUCUGUGAGAGCAGGCCAACUUGGCCAACCAAAAAUACCGUGUCACCUACCCUCACAACCUAUAACGGCCUUUAUCCGCCUGUCUGCUAGUCCUGAUGCCGGUCUACCGGCAGUACGUGAUCUAAAUUCAGACUCGAAUUCGGCCGGAUACCCCGCCCUGAUGGACAUGCAAAAGAGAAGACUAAUACAAAAGCGCACAUCUCCGGUUAGCCAAGAUUUAGAGAUCUGUCAUGGACACUUCUUAGAAGUGUCUGUAUCUCGUCGGCUCAAGUCGAAUACAGGCGUACCCAAAGAUACACAUGAAGCCGAAGUACUUUUACUUUGCCUAGAUCUAGACUACGUAAUUAUAUGGACAUACUAG